AUGACUACUACUACUUCUCUUCAAUAUGAAGAAAGAGUAAAGAAUGUAUUACAUUAUAAUAUAUAUUUACGUAAAUUGGUCUAUUCAUUUGUAAUCAAAUUAAAUGAUGUAGAUUAUAACAGACAAACAGGGUUACCUCUCAAAAGAGGUACAAUCAACUCGAUCAUUGCAUGUCCUAUCAAUAUAUGUCGAAUGUUUGAUGAUUUUUUGGGUGAUCGUGAAACAACACUACUAUGUUAUCUAUUGGCCAAGACAUCUUUCAGGUUUGGCACUGACGAUCUCGUGUGGUACUAUGUCGUUCGAAUGGUGACGGCUUCAAACAAGUCUGAUACCAUGGCUCCUAGAAUACUAGAAUCACUUUAUAAACAAAACUAUCGAUCAUUGGACAAUAUAGGUUAUUCAUGUCGAAAACGUCUGUUUGACUUGCACGCCAACUCCAAUCCUCUUGAACAUGUCAUUGCAAUGUCUACAAAUCAAUUGGCCUUGACCUCGGAUCUAAAAGGCAAACAUUGGGUAGACAUGGAAUCAUUUAUAACAUAUGCCAAUCAUUUUAGAUUAGAUGUAUUACAAUACUUUAAUGAAAGAGUCACUGAUUACUCUGACAUUACAACAACGGAUUUGGACAAGCAGAUUAAUGUGGCAAUUAUCAAAUGUGGACGUUGGGAUAUUAUAGAACAACUGAUCAUUGCAAGAAUGAUACCAAAUCAAUUGUUUUUAGAAUUAUGUCUUUGUAAAAGAAUGAAAGAGAUUGAAAGGAUACUAUUAAAUCAUCCACAUUUGGAAUACUUGGAUUCAUUCAUGUCAAAUGAAUAUACCAUUCGCAGUAUAUGCCAACUACAAGAUACACAAUUGAUAGAUAUUCUAUCAAAUCAUUUGACAAUGUUUGACAAGUUCAUCAACACCACUCCUAUCACUCAAUCAUUCCUCAUGAAUAGAGUAGAUGCCUAUUUAGUUGACUAUCAUAAACAUGAUCGUACCUAUAAUCAAAACCCCAAUGCAACAUCUACCUUUAAUUCAUUCAACCAUCAACAAGAUCUACUACAACAUCAUACCAAACUAACCAAUGACCAAUCCAAACUAAUGUUUGAUGAUGAAUCAAUUGGCAAUAAUAAUAAAUUUACUUUUUUUUGA